CUUUCUUGCCAUUCCGCAGUUUCAACCAUGCCUGAAAUCGCUGAGGUAGAACAUGCUAGACGACAGUGUCAUAAGCAUUGCUUAUCACGAAAGAUCACGUCUGUAGAAACGGUACCUGAUGAAUUAAUCUUUGUGAAUAACACUUCUGACCAAUUUGCAAGCAUAUUAGAAGGCAGGACUGUCGUGGAUACUAAACGGUGGGGAAAAUACUUUAUUCUCCUAUUUGAUCAAGAACCUCAUUUGGUGGCACACUUUGGUAUGACUGGUGACAUCAAAUUCAAGCAUGAGAAAUCAAAGGAAGAAUGGCCACCACGUUUUUGGAAAACAAUCAUCACUUUUGGCAAAGCAGCUGGUCAUCAAGAAGGCGAUGAAGAAACGAUCGUCAUGGCUUUUUGUGAUGCUCGACGAUUAGGACGAUUACGUUUGGUAUUUGGUGAUCCUCUUACUAGUCUUCCGAUUUCCAAAUUGGGAUUUGAUCCAUUGCAUAAUCUCCCCUCCAUCGAUGAUUUUUUUACUAUGGUGAUUAAACGCGCGGUACCGGUGAAAGCAUUAUUAUUGGAUCAGGCAUUUUCUGCUGGUGUUGGCAAUUGGAUUGCUGAUGAAAUUUUAUAUCAUUCAAGACUUCAUCCUGCACAAUAUAGUAACUCCUUGACGAAAAAAGAAUGUGAAACACUUAGGGAACAAAUGGAAGAGGUAUGUCGUAUUGCAGUGGAAUCUGAAGCAGAUGAAUCUUUACUUCCUGCAAACUGGUUGAUGACUUAUCGAUGGAACAAAGGAAAAGGCAAAGGUGCUGGUGUUUUACCUAACGGUCAUAAACUAGAUUUUAUCACGGUUGGAGGUCGUACAAGUGCAUAUGCUCCAUCAUUGCAAAAAUUACGUGGAGCUAAUCCAUCCAAAAAGACAUCCAGUAGAAAAAGAUCAUUGAAAACAGAAGAAAACGAGGAUGAUGAUACCAAGGAUUUGAAAAAAACUAGGAAACCAAGAAAAACAGCAAAUGAUCCAACAUCAACUACUGGUUCAAGCAAAAUUGUCAAGUCUACCGGCAAUUCAAUAAAAGUAAAAAGGCGUAGUUCGACUAGGUUACGAGGCUCUAGUAAUAGUUAGUAUUUUUUUUUUUU